UUGAUCAGAAACUGCCUCCAGCUUUCUAGGUUGGGAAAAAAGGGGUCUGUCUCUUUAAGCUGAGUGGGAGGGAGGGAGUUUGCCGGCAUUGGAGACUCAUAGGUUUUUUUUUGUUUUUUUUUAACUGAAAUUCUUCUGUUAGUCUGGUAUUUCCUCUGAGCUCACACAGAAAGUAGCACGAAGCCCGGCCCUGCAUUUUCCCUAUAGAAGAGGAAGUUUCAAAAUCUAAAUAAAAGAGGCGGAGGAUACAACUUUGGAAAGCAUUAUAUAACUUUAUCUUGAGGAAGAAAAAGAAGAAGAAAAAGAGGCUUUACAGGAAACUUUUUUGUGAAGCAGGAUCCUUAGGGAGUAUUCAGCAAAGGGAUUUUGUUGGGAAAGCGCUGUGAGCCUCUCACUUCCUUAGUCUUUGGUGACGCUGACUGAGAAUGGGCUAGUCCUGCUUGCCUGUGUGUCUAGUCUGGAAUUGUUGAUCAGAAGCAGGCAGCAUCAUUCAGGAUGACAGUGUACAUCCUAAACCUACGGGUCUUCUGGCCUCUGGUCACCUGCCUCUGCACUGGUAUGCUUUUCCUCCACCAGACUCUACGCAGGGGCCAGGAAUCAGGCCCAGAUGGGUGCUCUGAAAAGGACACUGGAACCCUCUCCCUUCUCAAACUUGCCCUUCCUAUUCUCCUCUGUUACUUCCUUAUCAAGUACUGCUCGUCCCCUCAGAGGAGGGGGAGAGGAAGGGAGAGGGAGCUCCCAGAGAUUCCCCAGCGACAGGGCCCAAACAGGAGAGAGCUGCUGGAGAGCUACUACGAGAGGCAGGUUCGACUGUCUCCUCAUGUUUUGGGCCAUAGCAAAGCCCAUGUGGCCAAGCUGGUGAGUGAGCUAGUGAGGGCUGGGAGGGCUGAGAUACCUCCGGAAUCCACACUGGCUUUCCGGGGCGACUUUGUUCAGAUUGGCAGUGCCUAUGAGGAACACAAAGUGAGCAGCCCUGACUGUUUCGAUAUUCUAGUGCCCCUGCGUCUACCCCGGGGCCUCAAACUGGAUUCACGGUGCAGCUCAAUGGGAGAGGGAGGAGGAGGGCCCCCACUCUGCAGUCUGGAGACCCCUAGGAAAUCAGAGUGGGCACGGAAACAACGGACUUUUGUGGAAAGCUUCCUAAGCGAGGAGGGGAGAGGAGAUGCUUACCGGCUGUCUCCGGCGCCCGUCCUGCGCUGGUUUUACCCCACAGUGCAACGCUGCCUGGGCGCCAUCCGCUACCCCUUCGAGCAGCGCUGCUACAUCAGUUUGUCGCUCACCGAGGAUCGCGUGCUCCUGCGCCUUAACCCACGCUCCGACUAUGUCUGCUGCCAUAUCUCCAUGGGAAUCCGCCUCAUCCCAGCCCUCCACCUCGGAGACGGAGCCUACCUGGUCGCCCAGCCCAAAACAGAGGUAACAGGGGGGAAGCAGGAGGCCUUGUGGACAGUCUACUUCCCCAAGCAGGAACAGAAGCUCCUGGGCUGGCUCAAGGGCAGAUUGCCGGCCAGCUCCUGCCACCUGAAAUGCCUGCAGAUCCUAAAGGCGGUGAGGGAGCUGAGUGGCCAGGUGUUGGACAGUAAAGGUGCAGCUGAAUGGAGGGCGGUGCUCUCCUCCUACGCCAUCAAGACGGUCUGGCUCCGGCUCCUGCUUACCUCUGCGCCAGAAUCCUGGGAAGAACGCCACCUUGUGGAGAGAAUGGAGGACCUGCUACGCUGCCUACGAGAAGCCCUGCACAGCCGACAGCUCGGCCACCUCUUUCUGGGAGGGGAUCCCGGCCUGCUACCAGAUUUCCUGUCUUUGCCUAAGCCCCUUAAGGAUGCCCCUCCUUCUAACCUGAUGGCAGGUUUCGACCUAUCUUCUUUGGACCUUGUCUCGGCCCGGCUCACCUACUCCUGGACGCACCUGCACAGGCUUAUCAGGCUGGGCAGGCCACAGCGGGACAGCGUGGGGAGGGGGGUGAGGUGUAAACAUCUGGAGUCCGAAUAACCUUUCAACCCCCUAUCUCUUGAGACAGAAGUUGUACCCUCCUUUGAUCAGGUCAGAUUGGCCAGUUUGUUUUUGGAAAGCAUUUAUAUUUUCUCAACCUGCACAAAAGUCCGGUAAAGUGUUAUUUGCUUCUUAAUUAUUAAUAUUAAGUUGUUUGCAGCCUAAGCUCCUGAUCACCUGAAAAAAACAGGACUCCAUGCUGAGAAUGUCAGUAUAACUUUAAUUUUCUUCAUUUUUAUGAAAUUAAAAAAAACAGAAAACCACAAUCUGGUAUCACUUUAUGAAAAUCAUGCAGAUUACAUCAGGCAAAUAUCACCUGUGUACCUGAGUACUAAUAGAGCUCUGGCUAAAAGUUUACCAUCACCUAGAAUUUUAGGAUUGAGACAUAAUAAUAAAAAAAAAUA